CCCCCCCCGCUGGUAUUGGUUUGCAGCGCUUCGCUCCUGCGCCUCCUUCCUUUUUGAAUCUGGCCCGCUCCCCCGUAUUAUGUCUGCGCUCCGCAGGAAAUUUGGGGACGAUUACCAGGUAGUGACCACUUCGUCCAGCAGCGCGGGCUUGCAGAGCCAGGGCCCCAGCAGCCAGCAGCAGCAGCAGCAGCUGGUCCCCAGGAAAAAGCGGCAGCGGUUCGUGGACAAGAACGGGAGGUGCAAUGUGCAACACGGCAACCUGGGCAGUGAGACUAGCCGCUACCUCUCCGACCUCUUCACCACCCUGGUGGACCUCAAGUGGCGCUGGAACCUGUUCAUCUUCAUCCUCACCUACACCGUGGCGUGGCUCUUCAUGGCGUCCAUGUGGUGGGUGAUCGCCUACACCCGGGGAGACCUGAACAAAGCCCACGUCGGCAACUACACGCCCUGCGUGGCCAAUGUCUACAACUUCCCCUCUGCUUUCCUCUUCUUCAUCGAGACCGAAGCCACCAUCGGCUACGGCUACCGCUACAUCACCGACAAGUGCCCCGAGGGGAUCAUCCUCUUCCUCUUCCAGUCGAUCUUGGGUUCCAUAGUAGACGCCUUCCUGAUCGGCUGUAUGUUCAUUAAGAUGUCCCAGCCCAAGAAGCGGGCGGAGACCCUUAUGUUCAGUGAGCACUCGGUGAUCUCCAUGAGGGACGGGAAGCUGACGCUCAUGUUCAGAGUGGGCAACCUGCGAAACAGCCACAUGGUCUCCGCUCAAAUCCGCUGCAAGCUGCUCAAAUCUCGACAGACACCUGAGGGUGAGUUCCUCCCCCUUGACCAACUUGAACUGGAUGUAGGUUUUAGUACAGGGGCAGAUCAACUUUUUCUUGUUUCCCCCCUCACAAUUUGCCACGUGAUCGAUGCCAAAAGCCCCUUCUAUGACUUAUCCCAACGAAGCAUGCAAGCUGAACAGUUUGAGAUUGUCGUCAUCCUAGAGGGCAUUGUGGAAACAACUGGGAUGACCUGUCAAGCUCGGACUUCAUACACUGAAGAUGAAGUUCUUUGGGGUCACCGCUUUUUCCCUGUUAUUUCGUUAGAGGAAGGUUUCUUUAAAGUUGAUUAUUCCCAGUUCCAUGCAACCUUUGAAGUGCCCACCCCACCUUACAGUGUGAAAGAACAGGAGGAAAUGCUUCUCAUGUCCUCGCCUUUAAUAGCACCAGCCAUAACUAACACUAAAGAAAGGAAUAAUUCUGUUGAAUGUCUAGAUGGAAUAGAUGACAUUAGUACCAAACUCCCAUCGAAGUUACAAAAAAUUACUGGAAGAGAAGACUUUCCCAAAAAACUCCUAAGAAUGAGUUCUACAACUUCAGAAAAGGCCUACAGUUUGGGAGAUUUACCCAUGAAACUUCAACGAAUAAGCUCAGUUCCUGGCAAUUCAGAAGAAAAACUGGUAUCUAAAACCACAAAGAUGUUGUCUGAUCCCAUGAGCCAGUCAGUGGCUGAUUUGCCACCAAAGCUUCAAAAGAUGUCAGGAGGUGCAGCCAGAAUGGAAGGGAACCUUCCAGCUAAAUUAAGAAAAAUGAACUCUGAUCGGUUCACAUAACAAAACCAGACUUUUAGGAAUUAUUUAAAGUUGAAAUUAGUAGUAGUCCAAAUUUUGUCUGAUAAAGUAAGCCUCUCCAUAGGACAGAUUGUGAGAAAGGUGACAUUUCCCUGUGUAUUCCAUGUACCCAUGGCAACAUUGCUCCUCAAGUAAUGCUGACUGUGUAGAAAAUGGAAAUUGUAAUGGGGGAAAGUCAAAGAAGACCUAUUAUUAACUGGCAUGUAGUAUCACACCAAGCAUGCAAUAAUGUGCAAAUUUCAUAUUUAGUUUUAUGGCAUGAUUCUUACUAUAUUUAUAUUGUAUAUUCUGAAAAAUAUUUAAGGAGGUAUUACCCUCCCCUAUAUUUCUAAAGUGUAUAGUAGACAAAUGAGUGGAUAGCUUUCAGGGCACACUACGAUUUUAAGUUAACAUAUAUACAUAUAUGUAUGUGUACCUAUACACAUAUAUACAUGUACAUAUAUAUUUCUGAUAGAGAUUGUAUUGUUCUGUUAAAUAUAAUAGUCCUGCUGCAUGUUUACUUUCUUAGAAUGCUAAGGUUAUUGGCAUUACAAAAUUAUUAGCCAGUUACUUGAGCCUUAAAUUAUUUGUCAUUUUAAAAUUUGAUUUAAUGUUUGUUUCAGUUUAUCUGUCAUGGGAGUCUUUUGCUUACACUUUCAAAGAAGCAUUCACAAAGUUUGUACUAUUUUGGGGCUGUGCAAAUGAUAACCCUUAUAGAUUUAACUUUUUAAAUACAAGUUGCAAAAAUGCAGUGAUAUCACUAUAUAAAGUGUCUUUAUGAUUUUUUUUUUUUUACGAAUGAUGUGAAAAUGAUAAAAAUGAGGAAAUGUUGCUUGAUUUGAGAUCUGCAGAAUUUGGCCUCUUUCCUGGAAAGGUUAAUCUUGUUUCUUAAAAUGUUGUAAAAUUUUAAAUAAUUAUAUUUGCUAAAAAUAUCAAAAGGCUUACAUUCUCAAACAGCUUCAUACAGGAUGCAGCACAUGAACAAAUGCUGAAUCAUUAUGGUAAUAAUUAGGAGUCAAGUUACUUUGAAUAUAUCAGAAUCUGAUUGCAAAUUCAGUGAUGAAUGCUUUCUAUUGCAGCCUGAAUCAAUUGGACCCAUAUAAACAUUAUGGCGUGAAAUUUUUCUCAUUUUUUAAAUGAAGCAAUUAUCUCAAGCAAGGUGACCAUUUAAUGAUGAAUUAUGAUACAUAUUUAUCCAUAACAAAUGUUUAGGUCUUAUUUGAUUUCAAUUUUUAUUCUUUUCCUCUGCUAAGUAGUUUUAUUGUUUAUUGCCCUCAUUUUUUCUCUCACUUCAGCAAUUUCUCCAAAUCAUUUGAUCCCAUUGAGUUGGAAGGAAACUUUUUGUACAGAAGAUAUAUAUGGGGUUAUGGAAAAAAAAAUUAAAAUCUAAUGUAAUAAGAAUACUUUCAGAACACAGUAAAAGCAAAAUUUUGGCUCCAUUAGGCUCCCUGCUGUAAACUAGUCCAAUCCAGCGUGUAUUUCCUUGAAGUACCUAACAUAUACAAAGACUAUGGUUGGCACUGUAAGUACAAAGAUAAAACAAGAGACAUUCUCUGACCUUCAGGAGCUUACAUACUAUAGCAGAUAAUGUAAACAUUUAAACAAGUAAGGGUAUACAUGUUUAUUUGAAGAGGAGGAAGGAGAAAGUACUAAUUGCUAUUAGGAUCAUGAAAUAGUAUGAGUUGGCAUGUGAACUGACACUUGGCCAAUAGUAUUUUCCUAACCCCAACUUCUGAAACUUUUUAAUAGUUGGCAUAAAGUUGUAGUUACCAAUUAGUGCAAUACCUGAGACAAUGAUUUGCAAUGUAUGAGUGAGUCAGCAGUUUGAGGAGGUAACCAUAGUAUACAUUCACUGCAUCUUUGUGGCCCUGUUCAUAGGAGCAAUCAGUGAUAAAAAACAUGUUAAAGAGCAAUGAUGUACCUUACUUCUGGUUUUCUUUAUUAUAAAAGGAUUGUGUACAUAUACUCUGACUCAGUGACUUCCUAAGGAUCAAAGAUUUAGAGCUGGGAGGGACCGUAGAAAACAUUAUCAGAUCCAGCCCCCUCAUUUUACAAAAGAUGAGGAGACUAAAGGUGAGAGUGGCUAAGAAACUUGCCAAGGAUCACACAUUGGAUUCAAACUAAGGUCAUCUUGACAUCUGGUGCUGCUCUCUAUCAUUAUGCCACAUAUUAUUGCUUGGUAAUUCUUUGGAACUGGUUUGUGUUCCCUCUAGCACUCGUGUAGUUAUUUGGAUUGUAGUUACAAAGGUAAAUCAUAUUUUGUUUUGUAGAAAAGCUGUAUAACUUAGUGCAAUGGUUCUCCAAGUGUGGAGGCCCUAGAUCCCUUAUCAGGAGGGCCUAUAGGUCAGAACUAUUUUCAUAAUAAUAGUAAAACUUUAGUUUUAAUUUCUAAUAUGGUAAAUAUCUAUAACAAGAACCCAAAUAAGAGUAUCUUUGGGGAAGGAAUUCCUCAGUAAGUUUUAAGAACAUAAAGGGGGUCCUGAGACCAAAAAGUUUGAGAACCAAAUAAUAAAUAGAGGCCCAGCUGUGUGAUAAGUCACUUGAUCUCUUAAAGCCCCCUGGCAACUCUUUAAAGAUUACAUAUUGAACAGGUCUUGCUCAUCGUGUAUCAGUAGACGAAUUUUCAAGCUCUGAUGAAAUAUAAUGCACACACAUACACACAGAGCUGAUGGUGGUGAUAACCAUAAUAUUAAAAUGGAAAGAUCAGCAAAGGCAAAUUUCCCACUGAAUUAACCAUCAUCAUUAAUUCUCUUUCUCGCAGUGUCACCUCCCCUUACACAAGUAUCUGAGUAUCCAAAAUGGGGUUUAUUUAUAUAAGAAUAAAGAUACAACAGGACAUUAUGAAUCUGUUGGGGUCAGGUGAUUAAAAGUUGUCAUCAAGCAUUCAUUAGCCACUUAAUAUGAGUCAGUCACUGAGCUAAACACUGGACAUACAAAAAAAGGUGAAAAUUCAUUGCUUGGUCUCAGGAGUUCAAAUUCUAACGGGAGAGAUAACAUGCAAAGAAAUGUGCAUACAAGAUAUGUGCAAUGUAAAUGGAAGGUAAUAUUAGAGGAAAGGUAUGCUUUAGUAGUUACUCAACAUUGACUGUCCAUUGUAUACAAACCCAUUCCAGUCCUUCUAUUUUAACUCACUUGCUGCAGGAAAUGAAUAGAGUUAUGUGUGUGUUGCAGGUAGAGUUGAUUUUUUCCUUAUUGGUGAAUGUUGCCUUGUAUGAAUGACAGAUGUCAUUUCCAGAAAGGCACUCUCAGAAGUACAUUUUACAUUUGACUUAUUUCUAAGGUCUCUCUAUUUCAAAUGGAUUCGUCUGAGUGAAUCUUGUUUGUUCUUGUUGUCGUUUUUUGUGAUAUAGCACUUUGCUUUCUAGGAUUGGGGGUGAGAGACGCCCAGGGAAGCUAUGUCAUUCUCAAUUAAUUCAUUACUGUGAAACAGAACUAUGUUCACAGCUAUACUGAGUACAGUUAACAGAGAAAUGGUGCCCUUUUCUCUCACGUCACCAGUUGUUGGCUCUCUCUGACCUCUAGUCCAACCAAAUUAUCUUAUUUCCAAAUUGUUCAACCUAGACGCCUCUUGUCAAAGUGAUUUCUCGGGACUUGUGUUUAGUCUGUGUAUGGCACCCUUCCUUAGCACAGAGGCCUUAUGUGUUUUUAUGGACUGAAUAAAAUAGAAAUCUCUGGGCACUGUCACUUGACAGAUUUUGUGAGACUUAGGCCUUGGGAAAGAGUCUGUGAUAAAAGCAAACCUGCAUCAAGAUGAUCUUUGGCCCAGUGAUGUUAUGGUCAGUAUUAUAAUACACACUGGAGAGAAACCCUCUAACACUACAAAAUGAUGAAUUGAAUAAUCUAACUUAAGUUAGCUACUUCAAAAUGCUCCCUAUUCGUAGAGUUCUCAUGUUGCAGAACCCAUCAAAAUGAACAUGUUCCAAUCUGAUUCAUCCAAAUGCUGUAAAUAAAUAAAUGAAAUAAAAUAAUUUUGAUAAUUUGUGUCUUCAACUUAAAAUCAUGUGAGAAUUCAUAUCUUAGCCAUCUGGUAUGACAUGAAAAUACGUUCUUUGAUGAGUGUACUGAAAGUAACAAACAGAAAGUGAUUCUGUUUGAAUUUUUAACUUACAGAAGGUUCUUAGUUAACUAGUAUAAUGUACUUCAUUGUCUCAAUACAUAAGCCACUCACUUCCCGGUAGUAAGAUAAGCAGUUAGGCAAAUUGUCUCUUUUAGAGCAAACAAGGGCCACUUAAUGCAUGCUUGCUACUAAGGAAUAAUUUAGGAAGUGUCCAAAAGCUGGCUCAUGAUCUAUUUGUAAGACUACUACUGUUUCGUCUCUUACAGUUUUGCCCAGCCUGAGGGGCUUAACAUUAUAAAAGCGGUUCAGAUUAACUGCACAGCAGGUCUGUGUUCUCUACUGUGGAAUCUGUGCUUGAAUUAUACUGUAAAUUGUACAUAUUUAAAUUAAAAUCAAAAUAAUUGCAUUUGCUGGCAUGCAAUCUCUAAUUACAUAAAUGUACAAGUUCAUUUGGGUUAUACAGAAUAUAAACUCUUGUACUCAAUACUGCAAGCUCAGUUUUAUCAAAGCUUUAUUAAACUUUCAAAACAUUA